GUCCUUCUACUGCCGUGGUCCUUUUAUUAAGCAGUCGUGACAUCGUGCGCAACAUCGACAACUUUUAUACAAAAUAACACGAAAGGUGAAAUGAAGAAAUCAGUUCAAAUCGCGACGUUUCAGCGUACGGAUGCGACUAUAAUUGUGGCGCGUGAACGCAGCGUGCUUAUUUCCUACAGAUAUAUAUCACAGGAUUGCCGAUUAUAAAAUCCACUAGUGCGAAUUUCAUACGAUUCGUCCAAGCAGAUUGGCGUGUAGUGAUAGCUAAACUAAUUGUAUGUGAAAGUUUUCGAUAACGAAAUGGUUCUCAGUGUAUGAGUGCGUAUUUGGCAAUAAUUUUCGCAAACAUUGGCGGAAACGGAACCAACCGCCUACCAACCUCAUUCCAUUGCCGUGGUCCAAAUAUUUUACCAUUUUGUUAGCUAGUAUCGGUGCAAGCACUCGUGCUACACGCGGGAAUUUCCGUCUGUCGUUCUUGUGUGCGUCGCGUUUCGCUGUCGCUUUCGGUAAGUUCACGUUAAUUGUUCGUGGGUCGGUCGGACGUAUGAUCGGUAUUGGCAUCGGUCAAGCAUUUUAAACGAUAUAUGACUUUCGGUGGCGAAAAGUCCAGAGUGUUUGUGUGUGUGUAUGUGUAAAUUUUAUCAGCCACUAACAAAAAUCGAGCGCAAUUAUUUAAUAGCUGACCAAAGGUGCCAGCUGCUCACUGCGAAUGGAUUUCGACCUUGCAGACUCGCAUUCGUGGCUCCUUACUAAGAAGGUGCAUGAGAUGUUCGCCUCAAGCGCCGCUGUUCGCAAUUAGUUGGCCAAAAUGUCUGAUUGCAAGCAACCGGAAAAUUUAUUGCACGGCAGCAACAACAGACAGCGGACCAAAGCAACUUGAACGCGGCUGAGAGAAGCUGAAGCUGCAAUUGCGCAAUGCGUCUGCGGAGAUAGCGGAAAGCAAGUGUGAAACGGAUAAGGUGUGGGCGAGUGCGGGAGAUGAAGCCCUCGAGUACCAGCUCUAUAAACGGACCUCAAUAUGUAUUUGUGUCCGGUUCAAAUAAAUUAAAUCAUCACCAACUUAUAUGCGAAUAUUAACAGAGAACAAAACUCAACGACUUAAUCCGGUUUAGAGCCUGCAGCGCCACCGCUUUUCAGCAUCUGCCUUAUACUCUUACAUAGACAUAAGCGUAUACGAUUGUGAGUUGACCUCAGUUGGAAAAUUUAUAACAAUAUUGUAGGGAUUAAAGUGCAAUUCGCUAGCGUUCAAUAAUAAAUAUCAACAUCUAGUGAAUAAAUAAUACAUUUAUAUGCGUGUGUAUGCAUGCGUGUUUAAUUUAAUAUCGUAAAAAAUAGAAACGUUUACACUUCCGGUGCAAUUGCAGCAGACAAAGCCGACAAAUAGCUGAACAACAACACCAACAAUAAAAUGGCUGCGCAAAACUGCAUUUGGACAUAUUUGUGCGCCCUCCGCCUGACUCUCCUCGCGCUGCCGCUGCUGUUGGCAAACACAGAGGCGCGAAUCGGCUAUUUUUGGCACAUCACCGAUCUUCACUUGGACACAUUUUACUCGACGCAAGGCGACGUUAUGCACAGUUGCUGGCGCAUCGACGGUCAAUCGCCAAGCAGUUCCAUUCGUUCACCUGGUCGUUUUGGCGAUUACUUUUGCGAUAGUCCUUGGAGCCUAAUUGAGUCGGCAGCGAAAGCGAUGAAGACUCGACAGGGCGACAAUGUCGAGUUCGUUCUGUGGACAGGCGAUGGCUUAUCACACUCGGCGCUAAAGGAGUCCGAUACGAAGAGAUUGGAGAUCCUGCGCAACAUCACCGAUUUACUGGGUCGCACAUUCUCGUCGCAGUUCGUGUUUCCAGUGCUCGGCCAUGAGGAUGGCACCACAAACUUUCGCCACUUGGGCGAACUCUGGCGGCAUUGGCUGCCAUCGGAGGCACUACACACGUUCGAGAAGGGUGGCUACUACUCCAUUGAGCAGACGAAGAGUCGCCUGCGUAUAAUUGCGCUGAACACGAAUUUCAUGCGGCACGAUCACAAGUCCCCGCCCAGCCAUCUGGCGGCGGUGCGGCAGCGUACUCCAAUGUCUGGCGGCAGCGGCGGUGAUUCCGAAUACAAGACCUACUACUAUCAUCACGGCUCCAUACAUCAACACCAUGGACAUUCGUCGAGCGAUUGGAUGAGUCAUGGCGGCGGUUAUGGCGGUUACAAUGGUGGACACCAUCGUGGCAUGAAUGCCAUACCGGCUUUGAGUGUGGGCGAUGGCGAGGGACGCGUCAGUGCGCUCUCCGAGUAUGAGACCCAGGAUGCCGAGAAACAAUGGCUCUGGCUAGAGGAGGAGCUUAUCAAGUCGAGAAUUAACAAAGAAACGGUCUACAUCGUGGGACAUAUUCCACCCGGUUCGGAUGAACGGCUCAUCGGCUUGCAGCAAAAUGGUCGCACCACAUUCACCGAAACGAAUAAUAAACGCUAUCUGGAAUUGGUGCGAAAGUAUUCCUCAAUCAUCCAGGGGCAGUUCUUCGGCCAUCUGCAUUCGGACUCUUUUCGCAUUAUAUACGACGACAAUGGCAAACCGGUUUCAUGGAUGAUGAUUUCACCGUCCGUAACGCCAAGGAAGCUGAAUGUGGGUUCAAAUAACCCGGCCAUGCGGCUCUACAAGUUCGAUACGGACUCUGGUCAGGUUCUGGACUACACGCAGUACUUCAUGGAUUUGCAAUUGGCGAAUCAGGUGGGCGAGCCCAACUGGCUUCCGGAGUACAACCUCACCCAUUACUACGCGCUCAGUGAUAUAUCGGCGGUUUCGCUGCACAAUUUCGUAGAUCGCUUCACCAGCGGCGACGGCACCUGGUUUGGCAAAUAUUCCCGCGCCAACACCGUUCGCUAUCAGUCGGAUUCCUGCGAGGGCGUCUGCAUGCUGAACCACUAUUGCGCCAUAACACGUGUGGACUACAAAGAGUUCCGCCAAUGCCUGGAGAAGGAGCAGAGCGCGCUGCGUUCACACGCUCCCGCUGCGCACACGGCGCUCGCCGGCGCCUGCCCCAUUUUAGUGCUGAUGUGCGCAUUGCUGGCAUCCUGUUGUCGCCAGGCUGCUGCGCUACUGCCGAAACUCAUUGCACGCAUGAGAGUGCAACAGCAGCAACAACAACACCUACAUCAGCAGCCUUUUGUCGAAAAGAAAAAGCGACAAAUUGAAUUCGCCGCGUUGGCGCUGGCCAUGACUACAGCUUCCAAAUACCGGACCGCAAUAUCAGCGAUGUUAUUAAACGGCAGAAUGGCAGCAUUUGCUCUGCUGCUCGGGAUAUUGUUGAUGCUGCAAUAUGCGUUGGAGCGCAACUAUCGAGGCACGAGCACCGCACCACCACCACCGCCGAAGGAGGGUCAACUGAGUGCGAAAAUGGCUGCAAAUAAAAUGGAAAAUUUUUACAUGCAACGGACAAUGUUGCAGCUAAGGACUGGUAGCAUGCUGCUGCGGGCGGGCCACGGUAGGGUGCCAUUACAACGGCCAGCAACACUCUACUGCAACGGCGCUUGCUGCUGUCGGUUUAAUAUUACCGUUGUGGCAAGCAGCGACAUGAGAACCAAUGCGGCUGAUAACAAUGCAACACUGUGGCAACUGUGGCAUGACGUGGCGCAAGAAAAUGCUACUGACAAUAACAAUGCCCGUCAUGCAAUAAUUCCAAUUUCAACUGUGCAACAGCGAUUGCCACAAUGCAACACCGUCAAUUACAGGUCGCUAAGUCUGGAGCGGCAACUUCUUUGUAUAUUAUGUUUCAUAAUGAGCUGCGUGCGGCCUCAAAGCAGCGGGCUGCGCAUACUACCAGGUGCCCUGUGCACCGACACCACCGCCAACAUACCCAACAAACUGCUUAACACAAACACACCCACUGAAAUGCUGGACGCCGCCUCGUGCUGCAAUCGCUUUAGCCAACAACAAACACACCGACGUUGGAGCGUCCAGAGUCCCGCUUCACAUUAGUAACACCCGGUAUUGCUUAGCUUAGCUUUUUUAUCGUAAUUUAGUGUUUAUUAUUGCAACAAAUGAUAUUCAAGGAACGCGUGAGCGGCAGUUGGAUGAAUGUGUGGUCAUAGUUGAUAUAAUGUGCGAGCUUCUUAGUUCAUGAAGUACCGGCAAAACAUAUAAGCUGUUGUUUCUAUAAUAAUAAGGCUGUGCUGAAUCAUAAAAUAAAGAAGUUCUGCAGAAAAAUAAUCCCAACUCAGGACUUCUGCAUGUCUUGAGCUGAGUCGCCUAUACUUAUUUGCCAUAUUUUGAAGGGGUUCAACUUUCUAGCACGGAUAAUUUAGACCUUCUCGAAGCUAUAUGCUGUUUCUAUUACAAACCAAGCGGAGUGGAGGUUGGAAGCUAUAUUUAUAAUUAGUCUCUCUCAAGGCACUGGAAAUCGCUACCAAAAUGUUGGAAGUCUUUAAAGCUCUCAUGCGUGAACGCUUAUUACGCAUACUUGAUGCUAGAGUUUGCAGCACAAUUAUCUUAAUGUAUUUCAUAGUUUGGCGAAAUAAACCUUCGGCACCAAGUAUGUCGACAGCUGAAAUAGCAUCUAUGUAAAAGCGAAUCCAAAAAGGCAAUUGGAUGUAGAAAAAGUUGAGGGAAGCAUAAAAAAUAAUUUAGAACCUUGGCACUAUUUAGUUAUCCACAGACAUAUAAGGAUAUAUAUACAGGGUUUGUCCGGAAAGUAAUAAGACUGAGUCGAUUUAAAAAAAAAAUUAUUGUACCAAUCUUUGAAAUUCUUUAAAAACUUUCAAAAUAGGCUCCCUAUGCGUCGAUGUAGCGCUGCCAGCGCGAUGGCGUCCCAGAAGACAUUUUUCGAUAUAGCCUUGAGAACCAAGGUGCAUGUUGCUUGGAUGCCCUCUGUUGUCUCACAAUGCUUGCCUUUCAUUGGCCGUUUCGGGCAAGGAAACAAAAAAAGUCCUGCUGAGGAAGAAUUGAGAUGCUUGCCUUGGUUAGAUAGCUGUUCACAAGAAAGGCGGUGUGAUCUGAGGUGUUGUCUUGGAGCAACUUCCAAUCGGCUGCGAUGACUUGUCGGACCUUCGUUUGAGUCUCUUGAGGACCUCCACGUAAAACUUGGCGUUGACGGUUUGUCCAGGAGGAACAAAUUCAUGGUGGACGAUGCCUUUGAUCUCAAAAAAGAUAAUGAGCAUUGUUUUCACUUUAGAUUUGCACAUUCUUCCUUUCUUUGAGCGAGGACCUCUUCUCGGCCUUUCAAAAAGGCCUGGUGCCACCGAAACACAACACUUCUUGCUAAGAAACAUCUGGGUAAGACGCUUGAUCAUAUCAAACGCCUCUGUCGCAGAUUGACUAAGUUUCACACAGAACUCACAGAAAUACGUCGCGCGCGAAAAUGUUUGACCUGACUCUCCAGGUGCUCGGAGACAACUAACCAACCGCUCGUUCGUUAGCUAGGAACGCCCUCUACCGAAUGCAGUCUGCGCGCACGCUCCGAAGUACAGUCGCGACGAAAGAAAAUCUGUCCUAUUACUUUCCGGACAAACCCUAUACGUGCUGAAUUAUAAAAUGUAAAUAACUCUGCUUCACAACAGCUUCCAGCCAAGAUAGAGUCUUCAGGAAUACUUUCAUCGUGGACUCAAUGACUUUGUUUGAUUUUUAGAAUUUUGUGCAGAUCGUAAUGCACCGUUACGAAUGUAAUACAGCUGACUGAAAGUCGGAGAAAAGCUUCAAUUAUUUAAGUGUGUAUUGUUUUCAAAAUAAACCGCUUGAAUACAAAAGCAAACAGAGGGUACAGUUACAUGUAUACCAAGCUCAGUGAAGGCCGUAACUUCAGCUAAUAUUUGCGUGUGUGUGUGUGAAUGGCCGCGCGGGGAGCAGCGUGCGCUACGACUACUGCGAGGGUGUUGAUUUGCUAGAAGUGAGCGUUUUGAACAAAAUCGAAUUAGUGAUACCAAUAGGCUAGUUACUAGAGGAAAGCUUAUAUUUAAUUACAAUAGAAACAAAUAAAUAGGAAAAUAGUUUCGCCAUUGUAAUAGCGAGCGCUGAUUACCGUUAUAAGUAUUGUAUGAAAUAAUGCUGAGGCAAUUCUCCAUAGAUAUGUUCAUAAGUGUCUAUGUUGUGUGACUAUGCGCAUAUUCAUAUAUAUAGUAUAUAUAUAUAAAUAUAUAUAAAUAUAAAUGUAUGUACAUAUUAUAGAUAAAUAAAUGUUUUGCAUGCGUUAUGUAUUGUAUACACAUGUAUAGUAUGUAUGUAUAAACCAAACGACCUAAAUCUAUUUCAUAUAAAAAAAAAAAACAUUUCAAAUGUGCAAUAAAGCAAAAACAAAAAAAAAACCAACUGUGUAAAUAGUACUGUAUGUAAUUAAAGAAAAUAGCAUAAAACAACCACAACAACAACAACACUUCUGUUUCAUCACUUUCAAUUACUAUCAAAAUAGGUGUAAUGAGUCAUAUGUGGAUAUUUGUAUUUGUAUUUGAAUAAUCAUUUCAUCAUGCGCAAUUUUCACAACAAUAACAACAAUAGCUGAAGACAAAAAGCAAAUGUAAAUAUUAAAAAGUUAAAUAAAACAAAGUACAUAAAUGUAUGUGUUUAGGCAGUUACAAAUAAGCGCAUAUACACACAUACAUACAUAUAUGAUAAGCAUCAAUGUAUUUUAUGUACAUACAUACAUAAGGGAGGUAAAUAAAUAAUGCAACUGCAAAUGCCGAUUACUGUUUGACUUUAGUGCUGACCUGAGUGCGUUUAUUGAACUUGAACAAAAACAAAAACGAAAAAGCAAAAUAAAUAAAAAAAUUAAAUAAGCAAACAAACAAACACAUGUAUAAUGAAGAGGUAAUUAAGCA